AUGUCCGCCUUAGAUGUUGAAGCCCUCUUGGACUCAACUGCAGCUGCUACUCCUGUCGAGCAAAAUGGAUCUGCUAAGACUAAAGAAUCCGAUGACCGCCACAAGGGCGAGCGUAACGAAAAACGCGACCGGGAUAGACUUCGUGAUGAUAGCAGAGAUCGCGACAGAGAUCGAAAACGUCGGGCUCGCAGCAGAGACAGAAACGAUAAAGAUGGCACCGCAACUCCAAUAAGUGAAAGUGGAAGCGCAAAGGGUAGGCGCAGGAGCAGAAGUCGGGAUGAUAAUCGUCGACAACCGCGUCGCCGCAGAGAUACUCCUGAAGAGAAUGGACGCAGGGAUGGAGAUUACUAUAGAGGAGGUAGGGGUGGUGGCCGACAACGCUCACGAACCAGAAGUCCUGACAGGUAUUACCGUCCCCGAGGUGACCGCCGUGACCGCGACGAUCCAGAGAAGCCUCGAGAAGAACGCCGACCUAGAAGCCCAAAACGAGAAGGCACACCUCCCUUGACUGAAGAUGAACGAGACAGGCGAACUGUAUUUGUACAACAGCUAGCAGCUCGUCUCAGAACUAAAGAACUCAUAGUAUUCUUUGAAAAGGUCGGCCCCGUCAAGGAGGCCCAAAUUGUAAAGGAUAGAGUCAGUGGCAGAUCUAAAGGUGUUGGCUACGUUGAGUUCAAAAACGAAGAAUCAGUUCCUGCCGCUAUACAACUCACUGGACAGAGACUCCUAGGAAUCCCGAUCAUUGCGCAACUCACCGAGGCUGAGAAGAAUCGACAAGUUCGCAAUCCCGAGGCCACCACUACUAAUCCUAAUCAAAUUCCAUUCCAUCGACUAUAUGUGGGUAAUAUACAUUUCAGCAUCACUGAAGGCGAUUUACAGAAUGUGUUUGAGCCAUUUGGUGAGCUCGAAUUUGUCCAAUUGCAAAAAGAAGAGCAAGGACGUAGUCGAGGAUAUGGAUUCGUCCAAUUCCGUGAUCCAAAUCAAGCUAGAGAAGCGUUGGAGAAGAUGAAUGGAUUCGAUCUUGCUGGUAGACCAAUCCGUGUUGGUCUUGGAAACGAUAAGUUCACUCCUGAAUCUACCGCCAGUCUUCUGCAGAGGUUCCAUGGCCAAAGCCACCAACAACAAUUCCAGGGUUCCGCAUUUUCCGGCGCUGGUGGACGCGGUCCGACCACUGCUGGCGGUAGUAAUUUCGAUCGUGCUGGUGGUCGAGAUAAUGAUAAAGGGGCAGGUGGUGCUAGUGCUUUGGACGACACUGACGUUGGCGGCGUAAACUUCAACAAUUAUAGCCGAGAUGCAUUGAUGAGAAAACUCGCCAGAACAGAUGAUUCCACUACUGCGGCGAACAGUCAAAACGAAAGACGAGAAGUAUCAAAACCGAAAACGGAGACCAAAGCUUUACCGGUCAAUGUCAACAUGGCUAGCCGCUGUGUUGUACUUAAGAAUAUGUUCGAUCCUACAGAAGAGGACGGUGAGAAUUGGGAAAAGGAACUCGAGGAUGAUGUCCGCGCAGAAGCGGAAGAAAAAUAUGGCCACGUUGUUCACAUUGCUUUAGAUCCGAACUCUCAAGGAGAUAUUUAUCUCAAAUUCGAUCGAGUACAAGGAGGAGAAAAUGCCAUCAAGGGACUCAAUGGCAGAUAUUUUGGUGGACGAAUGAUCAGCGCUACUCCUGUUGUGGAUGCAGUCUACAGCAGUUUGUUCUCUCGCACAAAGGCUAUUUGA